CUCGUCCGGAGUUGCCAGGUGACAAUGCAUAAGCUUCGUGGGGGCGGAUUUCCGUGGUUGAGUGCAACAAGAUCCGGUUUCCAGAUCCUAUAAGUACGGUUACAGUCCGCGCCAUCCGGCCGAUCCCGCCCGUCCCACGAAGCAAAAGGUUGGGUUUGAAUUGAACACCACUGCACCUCGACACAAUCAUCACCCACGAUGUUCGUCAAGUCCGUCUUUUCGUUCUGCAUCCUCGCAGGCACUGCCCUGGCCGAUGCGACCGUGUAUCUCAUCCGACACGGCGAGAAGCCCAGCGACGGGAGCACCGGGCUCAGCGCGCAGGGGGUGGAGCGGGCCCAGUGUCUGCGGAACGUCUUCGGGGCCGAUUCCGGCUACAACAUCCAGUAUAUCAUGGCGGAGACCCCGAAGAGUGACGGCAAGCGAGACCGCCCGUAUCUGACCGUGCUCCCGCUGGCGGAGGAUCUGGGCAUCACCGUCGACACCUCGUGCGCCAAAACCGACGCUAAGUGCGUCAAGAAGGUCGUGGAGAACUAUACCGGGGACGGCAACAUCCUGAUCUGCUGGGAGCAUGGCGAGCUGACCGAUAUCGUGGAGGAGUUGGGGGAUGAUGAUGCACCGACGUAUCCGGAUGAUAGCUUCAAUCUCAUCUGGACGGAUCCUUCUCCGUACACCGACAUCACUGCGGUCACGAGCGAGAACUGUCCUGGACUUGAUAGCUAGAUUGCUGUCGCGGGUAUCAUGGGCUAGGUAGUUGAGAAUG